UUUCUUGACAAAGUAAAUAAAAGAAAAUGUGUUUGAACACUCCGUCUCUCUAUCCUUUGACUUCGCCGUCUUCUCGUGCUGUACAGUUUUUCCAUCUCCUUCAUUUAUUCAUCACAGAAGCCCAAAGAACUCGAAAGGUCUAAGGUCUAGGGUUUUCAGGAUUAGGGUUUUGUCUAGGGUUUUCAGGAUUAGGGUUUUGAAACAAUUCGCGGUGCAGAAAGAGGGACAGAGAGAGAAAGCAAGAAAUGGAGACAUCAACUGAUUCCAAUCCUGAUACAUACACAAAUUCACCUCUUACCACUAGUACUAACACUACUAAUCCAAGAAGGUACGGGCUACAGUUCCCCGCUUUACGCUUCCUCCGGUCACCGGUAUCUACCAUAUUGGAAUAUUCCGGCGUUCUUCGUCCUAGGUCGAACAAUCACGAAGCGGAGUCUCUUAUGAUCGAUGGCGAUGCCGGACACUUUCGCCGUCGUUUGGACGAUUCAGGUGCGGCCAGUGGCAGUGGCAGUGACGGUGAGAUCUCGAUUAGGAUAAUUGGGGCCGGAGAACAAGACCAUGUUAGCUUCGACAGUAGUGAUGAAACGCUGGGUCCGAUGUCGGACAAUGGGGUGGUUGACGGUGAUGAUGUGAGUGAAGUUGGGGGUGGAGAGAGGACUUCCCCUGUGGCGGCUGAUUCUGUAAAUGGGGAUGCUGCCAAUGGCAGUAAUAGAGAUUCGCCGUACCAGAGGUAUGAUAUACAGCAGGUUGCGCGGUGGAUGGAACAGAUUCUUCCCUUCUCGUUGCUGUUGUUGGUUGUGUUCAUUCGUCAACACUUGCAAGGUUUCUUUGUCACAAUCUGGAUCACUGCAGUCAUGUUCAAGUCAAACGAUAUUCUUCGAAAGCAGACGGCUCUAAAGGGGGAGAGAAAAAUGCUGGUUCUCGUUGGCAUAUCCAUAGUUUUUAUAGUUCAUGUGAUUGGUGUGUACUGGUGGUAUCGGAAUGAUGAUCUUUUCUACCCAUUAUUCAUGGUUCCUCCAAAAGCAAUACCGCCUUUCUGGCAUGCUAUAUUCAUCAUUAUGGUUAAUGAUAUAAUGAUGAGGCAGGCAGCUAUGGCUUUGAAGUGCAUGCUGCUAAUGUAUUAUAAGAAUGGCAGAGGCCACAAUUUCCGUCGGCAGGGUCAAAUGCUAACUCUGGUUGAGUAUUCGCUGCUGUUGUACCGUGCUUUGUUACCGGCACCUGUCUGGUAUCGAUUCUUUUUGAACAAAGAAUAUGGAAGCCUCUUUUCAUCAUUGACUACAGGGUUGUAUUUGACUUUCAAGCUUACAUCAGUUGUUGAGAAGGUCCAAUCCUUCUUUUCUGCCUUGAAGGCAUUAUCGCGAAAGGAAGUCCAGUACGGUUCUUAUGCCACGUUGGACCAGGUAAAUGCAGCAGGAGACAUGUGUGCUAUUUGCCAGGAGAAGAUGCAUGCUCCGGUUUUAUUGCGCUGUAAACACAUCUUCUGUGAAGAUUGUGUUUCUGAAUGGUUUGAGAGAGAAAGGACUUGCCCUUUGUGCAGGGCCUUGGUUAGACCCACUGAUCUGCGUUCUUUUGGUGAUGGAUCAACAAGUCUGUUCUUUCAGUUGUUCUAAAAAUUACACUUUCUGCUUCAAAGCAAUAUAUAUAUAUAUAUAUAUAUCUCUCUCUUACUCAUAGUGGUGUUUUCCCAAAAUUUUCAUCUUUGAUAUGUGCUAGUGUCACACUGCCUCAUUCUUGGAAAUUUUUCCGGAAGGAAUUAGCAAUGUAUUGACAAUAUGUUCCCCUGUUGUAUUCAUUAGGUUAAACCCAUGUGAUAUUGAGAGAGGCUACAGACAGACUGGGAGUAUUUUCUAAUCCCAUGUCCGUAUAUAGUAUAUAAGUUAAUAUAUAUAUUUUGAAGAACCAAAA